AAACUUUUUCUCUCCUGGCUCUCUAAACUAAAAUUCAUCCACUCAUUCAACCAUCCAUUUAACACAAAUUGAAUACACAUUUAUAAGUUAUAGUUUUCAAAAAUGCUGAAAUCCAGUCCUUAUUCUAUUGCCACGGCAGCUGGUAAUACUUUGUACCCUAAAUUUUCCACGGAUUUGAAACCCCCGUGGUCAUCAUCGACUGGGUUUGAACUUGUCGAAUCUGAGGCACUGGGAAAAGGUGCAUUCGGAGAAGUUUUCAAGGCUCGACAUCGCUUGGACUUAAUUGUUUACGCCAUUAAGCAAAUCGACAUUUUCCCAGCCCUUUUAAAAUUUCGAGGACAGAGUACAGGUGAUGAUUCGCUUGACGAACUAUUAGCAAAACUAAAAAGGGAAGUCGUGUUACAUAGCAAGAUCAAUAGCUCGUUCGUUGUUCGCUACCACAGUCACUGGAUUGAGGGACCGGGAUCAGAUCAAUUCAAAAUUAACGAGAUUGAAAAUCUGGUAUCGUUGGUUUUAAAAAAUGUAGGAACUGCAACAUCAGGAGAAGGCAGCAAUUCGGAUUCAGAUUUCUGGGACUCAAGCACAGCUAUCUAUUCACAACCCACUCCAAUGUCAACAGUCCAGCGAACAUUUCUUUAUAUCCAAACAGAAUUUUGCAAUCAAACCAGCCUCGAUAAGUUUCUUAUUAGUGCAACCGAAUCCGAAAAACUUUCAGAGUUUCCAAGAAUCAUUUACCAAACGGCUAAAGGCCUCAGUGCUAUACACGCUCAAGGAAUAAUUCACCGAGAUUUAAAACCAGAUAAUAUUUACGCGACAAAAAAAGCAGGGAGAGAUUUGAAUAUUUGGAAAAUUGGAGAUUUUGGACUUUCAAUUAAAUUUGGGCCCUCACCUCCAAAUUUAUUUGAUGCCUUGGAAUUUCAAAUAGAUUCGGAAGGAUCUUCCCUUGAAAGUUUUAAAGGAGCGGACACCUUCAGAAGUCCGGAGAUGUAUAAUCAACAUCCGUACAGCAGUAAAACGGAUAUUUAUUCCUUAGCGCUGAUUUUUAUCUGCGUUCUAUUUAAAUUUCCCUCGGUUAAGAAGCGUCGUGCAUAUUUUAUCGAUCUACAACUGGGGCAUUGCACGCCAGAAAGUGUCCACUUGCAAGAGACAAUGGACAAUAAUCCCGAGACAAAAAUUAAAUAUUGCUCUCUGAUUGAAAAAAUGCUGAGUCAUAAGCCCGACGAAAGACCUGACGCCUUGGAAAUUUAUAACCAGACAAGUACUCCUUUACAUUUUUAUAAGCGAGGAAAUGAAUUACUGGACCCCUCAAGGAUUUACGGGAGAGAAGCUGACCUGACCAAGUUAGACACUUUAUUCCAGAAAAACAGUAAUUUCCUCAUUAUCACAAACUCUGAAAAGUAUUCCGAACUAAGUCUUGGAAAAACGGCAUUAGUCCACAAAUUCCUGGCAACUUCCCCACGACUCAAAAACUAUUCAACGAUUUGGCUCGAGUCUUCCACGGAAGACUUAUUUCUGCAGCAACUAUUUAACCUUUGUGACGAACUAGAUAUUCCAACCAGGCAGCCGGGUGCCAUAAAUUUUACCCGGGCAAUAGAAGAAAUCUUAAAAGAUUUGUGUAAUUUUUUAACGGGUAAAAACACUGUAAUUGUAUUUGACGACUUAUUCUCCAGUGAAAACAUCGCAAUCAGUGAUACCAUCGCGAAAUUAAUUCAGAAUGUUGCAAAUAUAAAAGAGAUAUUUUUCAUAAUUACAACCACCCAUGUUAACCCGAUGCCAAAAUCUUUGUCAAUUGCGCCAGAAAAUAAUUUGAUUCCCUUAAAAGUUUUAAAUAUUCAAGACGGACUGCUCCUACUAAACUCAGAACUUGGCUUAUUUCCCGAAUCAAGACAAAGUUACGCAACCCUUCUAAAUGUCCUUCAUUCCAACCCAGCCGCUCUAACGAACGCUAUUAAAGUCAUAUCCGGUUGGCAAACAACCCGAGGUAUUCUCAUCCCAUUCGGUGUAAUUCUUUGCUCUAGAAAAGUCCUAACUUUACGGAAAGGUUUGACAAACUUAAAAAAAAUAAUGGAACCAUUAGGAUACAGUACGAACAAAUACGUUAUGUCCACCCUCACAACUUUUGUCCAGUCAAAUUUCCACGUGCAAAAAUUUUGCAACGAAAAUGAACUAUCCUCCACAAUUUUAUCCUUUUUAUACUGCAUCUACCCGGAAAAGGUAGCGGUAGAUUUGAAACUUUUCCUACACCUCUUACCAACCGUAGACAUACAACGGACGCUGGAAUUAAUGCAAGAUUUCAAUCUAAUUAAGGUAGAAAAUAAUGACAUUUCUCUCGUCAAGAAUGCUUAUUUAACUACAAAUUUACCCGAUAUGGAAACCUUUCUGGAUAAAACUCUUGCCACUUUCCAAUCACUGAUGCCAACCCGGGAAGAAAGUUGGGUUCCGAUUGUAUCCACUAUUAUUGACCAGGCUCAAUCUUACCCAGACUUGAUGAAAAAAUACGUUCAUUUUAUCCUAGACAUGAGCAAUGUAUUCCGCUUUUACAAAAACUUCAAGCAAGAUAUCUCCAUCAGAUUGAACGCUUUCAAAAAAUGUUUUGGACCAGAACACGAGCAUACGCUGAGCAUGGAAAAUAUUUACAUUUCAGGCUUCUUCGAGGACGGAAAAUUUCAAAAAGCUUUAAACAAAUGGAAGAAACUUGGCGAUAUAACGGGGAGAAGAUUGGAUCAAAAUCACUGGCUAAAUAUUGACGUUAAACACGCCGUCGCUUUGUUGCAUCACAAUCUCGGAAUGUUUCUCGAAGCGAGGGAGGAAUACGAAAAAUUGUUGGAACUCGACAUAAAAAAUAAUUCGACACGAAUCAAUGUAAAAGCUAAUUACGCCCUAACCUUGACUGAAUUAAGGGAUGAUGAAAAAGCACUUUCUUUGCUAAAUGAAGUUUUGGCCUUUUAUCGAACUACCGACCAAUUCGGGGAUGAGAGUGAAGGCGUUAUAACGGCUAAAUGCCGCAUAGCUGCGAUUUAUUACCUCCAAGACAGAUUUUCAGAAGCACUCCCAAUCUUUAAGGAGGUAUUGGACGUCCGCACAAAAAUGUUUGGGGAAGAAUACGGGCUAACGUUGGAUGCAAAGGGUUGGGUGGUUAAAACCAUUUCUAAAAUUAAUGGGAAAAAUAUCAACCAAAACUUAACCGAGGCGAUAACCCAAGUGUUUCGACAUGUUCAUUCCGUUCGGGAGAAAGCGUUUGGAAAACGACAUCCAGAAACUGUCGGAAACUUAAGGAACUUAGCGGUGCAUUUAUUGGAACACGGGAAUAAUAAAGAUCAUAUUGUUGAAGCGAGAGACAUUUUUGGACUUGUUUUGUCAUUAAAUUCCGAACUAUUUGGAGAAUCACAUCCAAUUACUUUGGAUACGAAAACAUUCCUGGCACAAGUUUUGGAAAAAAGGGAAGAUUUCAAUGGCGCCUUAAAAAUUUAUGAAGAGAUUUUGAAGAGUCAUGAAACAAUCUUUGGAACAGAGCAUAAGACAACUGUUAAAACUAAAUGUUCCGUUGGCAGAGUAUGGUAUGAAUUGAAACAAUUUGGAAAAGCUAAAUCCAUUUUUGAACAAAUUUACAGUAGAAAUAAGGCCUUCGAGAGGGAAACCAAGGAAACGCUUUAUGCUCGGUUAAAUUUUGCAAUGUCGUUGAACAAGUGUGGCGCAAGGGAAAAGGCGAUGCAAGUAUUCGGAGAAAUUUUAAAGCUUGAAGGAGAAUUUGAGAAGGAUGACAAAAGUAAAGAAAUUUUUGAAGCUACGCGCAACCGGAUGGAGGAAACUAGUAAGAUAAUUAAAAGAUAAUUAAGUCAGUGACCAUCAAAUGGAAAGUCUACGUCGGGAUGGAAAAUAUUGUUAAAAUCUGAUUCUAGUAAUUAUUUAAUUAGACAAAAAUCUAAGUAUUCCAGCCAAAUUGUAAUAGGCAUGUGCAUGCCUAUUACAAUUUUAUUUCGCAAAUUAAAUUAUUUUUCAAAUACUUUUAAACCAUGUAUGUAGCAGGCAUACAAUAAAACCUACACACUUAGAAAACUGGUAUUACAUAAAUCAUUACCGACCGGGGUUAAUGAAUUACCCACUAGUUAAACUAGUCGCUCAUCAGUAUGCUAAUACGUACGAAAAAAUUGAAACGAUUCCAAUCUCUUGGAACAGGAAGAAAUAACGAUUCUCUUACAAAAUCAUA